AUGUCAGAUGAGCUGCGCGCUGAGCUGGCAGAAUUCCGCCGCUUCUGCAUGAAGCGCUCCUGGCAGCAGCAGCACGAACCCAUCACUGCAGUGACCACUGAGAAGUACGUUGACCACCUCAGGCGGGUGCUGGGCUGGCUGUACAAGGAGCACGGCGUUCCCUUGGCGGAGCUGCGGCUGCGACAUGCGCUGCCCAGCGCAGAACGCUCGGGCGUCUCCGUGGCAUUCGACUACAUCGAGUGGCUCAACACCGAACGCAGCGUCAGCGCUUUCACCCAAGGCCUUGCGGUACGGUCCAUCAUGCAGGCAGCAAAGUUCCUCUACAGGGACGAGUCCAAGGCGCGACCUGACGAGGGCGAGAAAGCUUACCACGAUCUCAUGGUGGUGCGCGAGCUGCGCAAGAUGGCGAACGAGAGCAAGGCGGCCGGAAAAAUUGCGCCGCGCAGCGCCGAUGAAAAGCUCAAGUGGCUGGAGUGGCCCGAGUUUGUCACGGUGGUGCAGGAGCUGAGAAAGGAGUGCGCAGGCCGAGACUCUCAAGGGCGGCAGAGGGAGGGAUCAGCGGUUGCUUGGUCUCUGCAGCGCUACCUCAUCUUCGCCAUCCUCUCCUGCAUCCCAGACCGGCAGCGGACGCUGCGCGAAUUGAAGUAUGGGCGAACGCUGUUCAGGGAAGGCGAUAAGUGGGUGAUUCGUCACCAGGCGGGCGAUUAUAAGACCGGCCGCUCCUACGGCGAGCGCCCGCCCAUGGCCAUCGCGCCCCACGUCUACCCUGAGCUGGAGGCGUUCCUGGGCCACUGGCGCCAGUUCCUGCAGCCGGCGCACAAUCUGGUGUUCUCGCAAUUGAAUGGCAAGCCGCUCACGGAGCAGGGGCUGCACAAAAUGUUCCAAACGAGCGCCUUCCGCAUCUCCGGCAAAAAAACCAACCCCCACCUGGUUCGCGACAUGGUCGUCACCUAUCUCAGGGGGAAUGGUGCGAGCGAGAGGGAGUUGGAGGCGCUGGCAAUUUACAUGGGCCACAGCAUGGAGAUGCAGCGAGGCACCUACGACAGGCACGCCCUCUGA